AUGGCUUUUUUUUUUAAUGAUCUUAUUUACACGAAAAAUUUUACACCUCGAGAACAUCAAGUCGAACUUUUAUAUACCGCUAAAGAAAGAAAUAUUAUAAUUUGUUUGGGUAAAAUAGCUGAACAAACUUUUAUUGUUACUAAAUUAAUUCAAGAAUUAGCAAUAAAUAAUAGAAGACCUUUAUCUUCUAAUGGAAAAAGAACAAUUUAUUUACUAGAAGAUGAAGAGUCGUGUACUGCAAAAGCUAAUCAUAUUGAACAAGUUACAGACUUGAAAGUAAUGCAGUGUAAUAAUUUACUAAAUUUUAAUUAUGAGAAAUUUUAUUAUCAUACUGAAAUAUUAAUUUUAACAGUUCAUAUAUGUCAUGAACUCUUAAUAAGUAAAAAGAUUCUUCCAAGUCAAAUUAAUUUUCUUAUAAUUGAUAAGUGUCAUAAUUUAGUUACAAACAAUGAACUUAAUAGCAUUUUAAAUAUUAUUAGAUCCUGUGAUAAUGCAACAAAAAUAAUUGGUUUCGCUGUGCCCUUAUACAAUUUGACACAAGAGUCGGGACAAUUAAGUUAUGAAAUAGAUAGAAUCGAAUCUUUGCUUCAGUGUCAGAUAGAAACAGCUAGUGAUUUGUUAUCUAUUUUACGUUAUAGUCCUAAGCCAAAUGAAUACAUAUUAGAGUAUAAAGUUAAUGAAAUUAAGGACGCAGAAAAUUUUAUAAAAGAAUGUACAAGCUUUACUCUGGAUUUCUUAAACGAUCAUCGUUAUGAUCCGACAGAGAUAUAUAGCGAAGAAUUUUUAGAAGAUAUUAAAAAAAUUCCAAAUCCUACGCAAAAACCUUGUGAAAUAAUUCAUGAAUUUAUAUAUAUUCUUGAAUCACUUGGUCCAUGGGCUGCAGAUAGAGCAGCAUUAAUAUUGCUAAUGUUGGUAGAGAAACUUAAAAUAAAAACUCCUUAUGAAAGACAUUAUCUUUUAUUAAGUGUUGUUGCUACCUUAUUUUUGAAAAUACGAGCAUACUGUGAUGGUAUUUUCAGUGGCUUAAGCGAAUCUGAAAAAAUUUUCAAAUAUUCUACUCCAAAAAUUCAUAGACUUCUUGAGGUGCUUAAAACAUUUACACCGCCUCCUAAAAUUGAUAAUGUGAAAAGUGAUGAAAAAUAUGAUUUAACAAAUAAUAAAGAAAAAAACAUUAAUGAAAAGUCAUUUAAAAAUUAUCACAAGAAAGGUGAUGGUGGCUUUAAAAAAAUAAGAACUUUUCAUUAUUCACAUGGGCUGGCUGAUCCAGAUUUACUCUGUGGUGUCAUCUUUGUAGACAGUACGUUAACUGCUAAAGCAUUGUUUUAUUUAUUAAAUGAAUUGAGUAUGUGUGAAAGUAAUUUUCAUUUCUUAUCUCCACUUUAUAUAAGUGAAAAAACUAAUGACGAUAUUUUUUGUGGCAGAGAUAUAGAAUUAGGAUAUAGAAAACAGGAAGAAGUUUUAAAAAAAUUUCGGAUUCAUGAAUGUAAUUUAUUAAUUUCGACAGCUGUUUUAGAAGAAGGGAUUGACAUUCCGAAAUGUAAUUUUGUUAUGAGAUUUGAUUUUCCCAAAAAUUAUCAAUCUUAUUUACAAUGUAAAAGUAGAGCCAGAGCGACAGAUGCAUUGCAUGUUUUAUUGGUACCGGAAAAUGACUCUCGAGUAUACGUUCAAAAUUUAGCUCAUUAUCAUUAUAUUGAAAAGAUUUUAUUAUCAAAAUGUUCCAGUAAGGAAGCAAGCGAACUAGAAGAAUACGAAGCGGAUGUAUAUGAUUCGCUAAUACCAGAGUACAAACCCCUACCUGAUGUAGAUGCUCCAAAAGUCACUUCAAAAUCUGCCAUUUCAUUAGUGAAUAGAUACUGUGCAAAGUUACCAAGUGAUACAUUUACAAAACUAACUCCAGAAUGGAAAAUCCAUACCAUUAGCAAAGAGAAUUUCAACAUGUAUAUUUGCUCAUUGAGAUUGCCAAUAAAUUCACCUUUAAAAUAUACAAUAUCCUCGUAUCCAAUGCCAAAUAAAGCAUUGGCAAAAAGAAUGGCUGCUUUGCAAUUAUGUGUUCAUUUGCACAAAGAAAAUGAAAUAGAUGAUAAUUUAUUACCAGUCGGUAAAGAAAACUUCAAGGCUAACCCGGAAGACACUCAAAUACCAGCAUUACCAGAUGAUGAGAAAAUUAACAUUAUGGAUGCUCGUCCAGGCACAACAAAACGUAGACAGUAUUAUUACAAGAAAAUAGCUGAUGCACUAACUGGCUGCAAACCAGAGGUAGGGAGACCUUGUUACUUGUAUCAUAUUCAUAUGAUACUGAGUUGCCCUUUGCCAGAGGAGCAAAAUACAAGGGGAAGAAAGAUAUAUCCACCGGAAGAUUCAGACAUUGGAUUUGGAAUAUUAACACACAAAAAAAUACCAAAGGUCUGCCCAUUCCCAAUAUAUACAAGAUCUGGUGAAGUCCAUGUGAAUCUAAAACUAAGCAAAGAAUACUUAAUAUUGGAUAAUAGCCAAAUAAAUAAAAUCGUCUCUUUCCUCAAUUAUACAUUUACCAAUGUUUUAAGGCUACAGAAAUAUCUCAUGUUAUUCGAUCCAUACGCUUCGGAAAACUCGUAUAUUAUCGUGCCCGUAAAAAAAGUCGAGGCAACAUCCCAGGUAAUCGUUGAUUGGGAUUUCGUUGAGCGCAUCUACGCAAGCCGUAAUAGUAUGCCCAUCAGCAUGUCGGAAGAAAGUCGUCGGAAUUUCACCUUCGAUUCAAGCAAGUACCACGAUGCGGUAAUAAUGCCUUGGUACCGUAACCAAGAUAAGCCGCAGUACUUUUACGUAGCGGAAAUUUGCAAUCACCUGAAUCCUAAAUCCAACUUCCCUGGCGACGACUAUAGCACAUUCGAGAAGUAUUAUUUGACGAAAUACAAUAUACAAAUUCAAAAUUUAGAACAACCCCUACUCGAUGUCGAUCAUACCUCAGCUCGUCUCAACUUUCUUACACCGAGGUACGUGAAUCGCAAAGGAGUCGCACUGCCGACGAGUAGCGAGGAAACGAAGCGAGCUAAACGCGAGAAUCUCGAGCAAAAACAAAUACUGAUAGCAGAGCUCUGCGCGAUUCAUCCAUUUCCGGCGUCAUUAUGGCGGCAGGCAGUUUGUUUACCCUGUAUAUUGUACAGAAUAAAUGCCUUGCUGUUGGCUGAUCAGAUACGUCGCCAAGUGGCUCAAGCGAUUGCCCUCGGGCAAGAAUUUCUGGCAGAGAAUUUCGAGUGGCCCGCACUAGACUUUGGCUGGAGUCUUGCGGAUGUGCUGAAGAAAUCGAGGGAUAGCGAAAAGAAUAAUGUUGUUAAACAAGUGACUGAACAUCCAGUGAUCGAUUGCUCUAUUACUAAAGAAAACAACGUCGUGGAUUUGAAAGAGAAAAUUAAAAAAAAUGACAGUUCUUAUGUAGAUUCCGGUAGUGAUGAGCUCGAGAUAGGUACUUGGUCCAAUGAGAUGAUGAACAUGUCGCCUUUGAAUGGUGAGAACAAUUUAGCUGGACAACCCAGUUUCAAAUGGGGAAAUAUUAGAUACAGUUCAUCCACAUACGAUUCUGAAUUCGAUGACGAUCAAUCCGAUAAUAGCUGUAGCGAUGAUUUUGGUGACUACAGUUCUGACGAGAACAACGACGAAGACGAGGGCCUGCAGAUAGCCUAUACUGGCGAUAAUGUGGCGGAAGCAAUUGACAAAAAAGGCAAAGCCUUUGAAGCCGAAAAGUACAAAAUAAGCUGUAUAGAACAACAAGAGAAGAAUGAUUUUAUAGUAUGGAAUUUCCAAGGUUCAUAUGACACAGAUCUUUAUGAAAAGCACAAAUCGACUCAUAUAGAAAGUGUAAAGCAAAAUGUAUUGAUAAUAUUGAAUAAGGGUCAAUUUAUUUCGCGCAAUGAAGCUGUAGCAUUUGAAAGAAAAAAUGUUAAAAGUAAGAUUACGUAUGAAAUGAAUAGAAAACACGAGGAUUAUGUUAAGGUCAUAUCGAAUCAUUUUACACACGAAAUAGAAAAUUUUACCUUUAAAAAACAUAGUAAGCCGGUGGCAGUAGAUAUUUUAGAAGAAACUGUACAUUGUAACGAGGGAUCUUUUAGUUUUGAUUAUCAACCUAAUUUAGAUGGGCAUUCCGGUCCAAGUCCCAGCUUAAUAUUACAGGCUUUAACUAUGUCAAAUGCCAACGAUGGUAUAAAUCUUGAGAGGCUAGAGACAAUUGGUGACUCAUUUCUCAAAUAUGCGAUUACUACAUAUUUAUUUUGUACUUAUAACAAUAUUCACGAGGGAAAGUUGAGUCACUUACGUUCAAAGCAGGUAAGUAAUCUGAAUCUUUACCGCCUGGGUAGAAAAAAAAUGUUAGGUGAAAGUAUGAUAGCCACCAAAUUUGAGCCCCAUGAUAAUUGGUUGCCUCCGUGUUAUUAUGUACCAAAGGAGCUUGAGCAAGUACUUAUAGAAUCAGGUAUACCUUCGGCUAUGUGGAGCCAAGCAGAUAUACCCUUUGAUACUUUUAACGCGAUUAACGAACUCGUUAAGGAGACGGAACAGAAGCUUGAAAUUAUGAAGAGCGAACUUAUACAAACUGAAAAUAAAAAUUCUGGAAGUAACGAUCAAUUCCGCUCGUAUGUACCUUACAAUUUGAUUACCCAACAUAGUAUACCGGAUAAAAGUAUUGCUGAUUGUGUGGAGGCGCUAAUCGGUGCAUAUUUGAUUGCAUGUGGCCCUAGAGGUGCUUUAUUAUUCAUGACUUGGCUUGGUAUUCAUGUUUUACCUACCGAAGAAGUUUUUACGAUUCAAGAUUCUGUACCAGAAGUAAGAUCAUCAGGUAGCACACCUUACGUACAGGGAAUUAACGAAGAUGGACGAAAAAAAUGGACCCAAAUGCGUUAUAAAAAAUUACAGGAACCACCAAGCCCACUAUUUUACUUUAUUUCAGAACCAGAGAAUGAAUUAGAAAUUAUGUUGGAUGGAUACAAUUGUUUAGAGCAGUCUAUUGGAUAUACAUUUAAAAAUAGGAGUUACUUAUUACAAGCUUUCACACACGCAUCAUAUCAGCCUAAUCAUCUUACCGAUUGCUAUCAACGACUAGAGUUUCUAGGGGAUGCUGUCUUAGAUUAUUUAAUAACAAGACACUUAUACGAAGAUUCCAGACAACAUUCUCCCGGCGCACUGACUGAUUUGAGAUCUGCUCUUGUAAAUAAUAUAAUUUUUGCGUCGCUAGCAGUAAGAUGUGGAUUUCAUAAGUAUUUUAGACAUUUAUCUCCUGGUCUCAAUACAGUGAUCGAUCGGUUUGUAAGAAUUCAAGAGGAAAAUGGCCAUUCUAUUAGCGAAGAAUACUAUUUAAUAGGUGCAAGAGAGUUUGAAGAAGCUGAACAGGCAGAAGACGUCGAAGUCCCUAAAGCAUUGGGCGACGUCUUUGAAUCAUUGGCUGGUGCUAUUUAUUUAGACAGCAAUAUGUCCUUGGACGCCGUGUGGACUGUAUAUUUUAAAAUAAUGAAAUCAGAAAUAGAACAAUUUAGUGCGAAUGUACCUAAAUCCCCGAUUCGCGAAUUAUUAGAAUUAGAACCAGAAACCGCUAAAUUUGGCAAGCCAGAAAAAUUGGCCGAUGGUAGAAGAGUUCGAGUGACCGUAGAUGUAUUUGGUAAAGGUUCGUUUAAAGGUAUUGGAAGGAAUCAUAGAAUUGCCAAAUGCACAGCAGCAAAAUGUGCGUUAAGAAAAUUGAAAAAAAUUCAAAAUUGUGUCAAAGGAAGAAAAUAAUAUACAGUUGUAAAUAACACGCGUACAAUAAAAUAGUCAUGAAAUUGUUGAAUUAAUCAAACGACUAUUUAUUUUAUAUAAUUUAUUUUAUAUUGUAUAGAAAACGUAGAAAUUUGUAUCAAGACGAAGAUUGAAUUGCUUUUUGA